AUGGCGGUGCGACAGCUGCGAGAAGCCUUUGAAGGCUUUGAAACUAGUCUGAGCUCACUGGUCGCAGCCAGCCGUCCUCUGGCCACUGAUGUGGACGAGAGCAACCAGGAAGCCGUCAAGAUGGCUGUCGAGGAACUUUUGAGCAAGCAGACAGAGCUAACCCAAGCCGCCCGACACGUCGACGCAAUUACAGCCAUGCGCACGCGCAUCGAGAAACGCAAAACCCGUUUGGCCGAGCUCAAGCAGCGCUCCUCGCGGCUGGUGGCUGAGCUGCAAGCCUCGGCCCUGCAGAUUGAAACUCUCAUGGAUCAAGCGGACAAGAAGUUGGAAGACGCUAAUCAUGCCAUGUCUGCUGCCUUGCCACCCGAGCAAGUUGUGGAUUACGCCUAUCGACUUGCAAUGGCGCGUAGCAUCAAUGCACCGUUUGGCUGGAACUACGCGGGUCGACACGAGCGACCCUUCCCUACAGAGCUCCAGCUCAAGGCUGGCAAGCUCGUGGAAUUUGCUGGUGUUCCACCCGUCAAAGCCACCAAGCCCAAGGAUCAAGAUACUGGCAAAACCACCGCCAAGGAUGAAGAACCAUCAGUGUCCAAGGCCGCCGCUCGCACGGCAGAGCAGGCUGCUGGUGAUGAUGAAGGUGCGCUGCCCCUGACAGUCCGUCAGGUUGCCUUCCUGACUCACGAAUGUACUCAUCCACACGCGGACGCACAUGCCCAUGCACCAGGUGGGCCGCCAUCCAAGCGUGUCAAGCCCGAGCCAGCACUCAGCGAUAGCGAUGCACUUUCUGAUGCCAGCUCAGCCGUCACCCAAUUACCAAACGAGGACCUGCUUCGCCGUCUUGCUGAAGAAGUCGAACAGGAAGAGGAGACACCGAUGCCCAAUCCCACGGCUUCUGGGCCUGCAAAGGCACCCGAGCCGACAGCGGCACCACUGGAGGCCAUGCAAAACACCCACGACACGGGAGUCAAGCAGGAAGAAGAACCCAAUGCCGAAGAGCCCACCGAGCACGUGGAGCUCGUCAUGACUGUGGUGCCGCCAAUGAUUCGGCAUCUGGGUACCAGACUGGGAGCUGCGGCAGCAGAACGGACUGCUGCAACUGGCUGGAGGCUCGCAGGGGCCAUGUACCCAUCGCCCGUGCUGCUUGCAAGCCUUCUUGCCAUGAGCUCCUUUACGGCCGCUGCCGGUGCGGCCAGCAGCAGCAGCACCAUCGUGCCUCAGGCCCAUGUCGCUGUCAUUGGCGGCGGAUUGGCGGGUUUGGCGGCGACAAUUGAAGCACAGCGCAAUGGCGCUCGUGUCACUUUGGUUGAGAAGGAAGCGCGCAUUGGCGGCAACUCGGCCAAAGCCACCAGUGGCAUGAAUGGUGUGCACUCGCGGGCCCAGCGUUUGGCAGAGAGCCAAGACUCCGUACAGACCUUCGUCAACGAUACAUUGCGUGCUGGGCGUGGGCUUUGCAAUGAGGCUCUGGUUGAUGUGCUGGCCCAGCACUCGGGCGAGGCCGUCGACUUUGUCGAGUCCUUUGGCGUGCAGCUCGACGUUCUCUCUCAGCUCGGCGGCCACUCCUUUGCGCGCACCCAUCGCGAAGCUAACACCCCAGAGGGCCGCCCCAAGCCCGUUGGCUUUGACAUCGUGGCAGCCCUGCGUGGACACGUGGAGACACUCGCACAGCUUGGCCUGGUUCACAUUGCCACUUCCAGUCGCGUCGCAGGGCUUUCGCGUGCUCAUGCCAUGCCCACAGAGUCAAACGGUGCUGCAAUGGGACGUGGCCAAUUUCAAGUCAACAUCGAGACGGCAGUUGGGGAAAGUACCGCACGAAUGGCCCAGGCCACACCCCUUCUGGCAGAUGCCGUCGUUCUUGCCACGGGAGGCUACAGUAGCUCGGCCAGCAAAUUACACGAACAUGCCCCCUGGCUCGAGGAUCUGGCCACAACCAACGGCCCCUGGGCCCAGGGCGAAGGCUUGGACCUGGGUUUGUCUCUCGGUGGCAUGACCGAGCAUUUGGACAAGGUUCAAGUUCAUCCGACUGGGUUUGUGGACCCUACCAAUCCAGCGGCGCGAACCCUCUUCCUGGCUCCUGAAGCCUUGCGCGGUGCUGGAGCACUGCUGCUGAACAACAUGGGGCAUCGUUUUGUGGAUGAGCUGGCGCCCCGUGAUACGGUCACCGGCAGCAUCUGGCGCUACGCUUCGUACGACACGGACUCUGAAAACCUGGAUGACCCUGCCACGCCCGUCCACGAACAGCGGCCCACGGACGCCGAAGCCUUUUUGGUCAUGAACAAGGCCGCGAUCAAGAAGUUUGGGCCAUCUGCCUUUUCCUUCUAUAGCAAGGUGAAAAAGUUCUUCACCGAGGUCAGCGGCACAACCGGGCUGGCCGAGUACAUUAACGGGGUAAACCAGGAACGACAAUAUCCCAUCCAUGUGGAAGAACGCAUUGUGCGUGACACCAUCGAAGCUUACAACCGAGCGGCAGAACAUGACUUUGCCGAUGCCUUUGAGAAGCAGACCUUUCCCGUGAACUACAACAUGGCCGUCAGCUUUGGGGACCAUCCCCUCUUUGUGGCUCGCAUCAAGCCUGUGGUUCACUACACCAUGGGAGGCUUGCGCGUUUCGCCAGAAGGCCAACUGCUUGACACUCACAACCAAACCAUUGACGGCGUCUUUGCCGCGGGUGAGGUGUCUUCGGGCGUGCACGGUGCGAAUCGCCUGGCCGGUAAUUCUUUGCUCGAAUGUGUGGUCUUCGGUCGUCUGGCGGGUCAAGGUGCGGCAGCUGCAGCAACCAAGGCCACGGCCGACCUCCGCCAUGCCCAUGAUGAGCUGUAAUGUGCUUGAGUGUGCAUUGCCCUACAUUCAGUCCCGGGCCAUUUGAGCCCGCUCGCUAUUGAAAAUGGCUUUGAGCCUCAAAACGUAACAGCACCUC